AUGUUGCUCAUACAGGAUGCGGUUCACGAUGACUACGAUUUCCUACAUGUGGCGCUUAACAAAGUGGACAUUUUCAUGGCCGCCUACAGUAUGCUGCAAUCGCGUACAUUUGUUUCCGAUGCAGGAACUUUUGAUAAGCAAGUGUACCAUAUCCGCGAAGUACCCAUAAAAAAACCUCCGAUUGGUUUGCUCAUGUUCACGGUACUGGAUAAAAUUUCCGCAUAA